AUCAAAUUGCAUCAGAAAAAACGAAGGUUACACACUCUUAAGGUCCUUACACACCGGGCGAAAAUUCACCAGGCGAAUUAUUCGCCUUUUUUUAAAACAGCAUAAAGUCAAUGCGAGCUUCCACACUGGCGGCGAUUUUUCCGCGGGGCGAAAAGCCGCUUUUAUUUAUUCGCUCCUGUGUCGAAUUUUGCGGAUAUUCGCAGGCGAAUAUUUGGACCUGCUAGACCUCUGGCCAAUCAAAAGUAAUGUUGUCGAUGACGUCACAGACCCAUGUGGCUGCAGUUCACAAGACACAUAACACCGACAACAACGAUGGGCGAGAGGCUAAUAACUGCGGUACAGGAAUACCCCGCGUUGUGGGACAAGUACCACAGGGACUUCCACGACAAAAUAAAGACACAGAACAGCUGGAAGGAGAUCGAGGAGGACCUCCAAUUACCUGGUGAGUGCAUAAUAUACACAUGUAUCAAUCCUCGAACAUAUUUGGUCAACUCGCGAGCUAGUACUACAAGCAGCAACCAGCCUGAUAACUUUUUCAAAGUGAGGUAAAAGUUGGUAUAUGGUUUCAUAGAUGUUGUUUAAAGGGGACCUGCCACCAAAAUUUCAUACCCAUUUUUAUCAUUUUUUCAUAAUCCUUGAUGUCCCCUGAUCAUGUUUGCAACAUAAUUUUAGCUGAAAAGUUAUUUGAUGGUUUGUUUUAGUAUGCCUAAAAAACCUUACAGGAAAACCAACUGGUUUUGGCUCAUUAACAUUUAUGGUAAUGAGCUUUGCUCUGAUUGGAUCGCUGCUGUGAAGCCUGCUGUGCUCUGAUUGGCUCAGCAGUGGAGGUUCGGAUUUCGGUUUAUCCAUUGUUAUUAUGCUAAUGCUAAUAGCAUAUGCUAAUGUGUGCUAAAGUAAGGUGCCCAGAUGUCUGUAAUGAUAUCCGGGGAUAUUCGGUGCGGCGGUGCAGGGGCUGCAGGGGCUGCAGGGGCUGUGUGAUCACAGACAAAGUCUCGGUACUAUUUAGUAGCAGCGCAUGCCCCUUGUAAUAACCCCCGUAAGAACUGUUGUUCAGGACUGCUAACUUGUGCUUCCUACCAAUUCGGCUACUGUAAUAACCGUUGUUCGAGCCCACACGCAACAUUUUUGCUCUCAUUAAUGAAACGCUUAAAUCGGGGACAUUUUCGGGGACAGCUUUUGCCGGGGACAGAUCAUCCAAUACGGGGACUGUCCCCGGAAAUCGGGGACGUCUGGUCACCUUAUGCUAAAGGCUAAAAAUGGCAGGUAUUAAACCAUAUAUUUUAGACCCCGAGUCCGAAGAGGAGGUGGAAGUUGAGGAAGAAGCCGGAGAUCUCCAGCGGCGUUUUCUCAUUCAUUCUGCCCGGCUUUAAGUUCAUUUUCCCGCCAGUGAACCGAAGGAAACACCGAUCGUUUGGAAGAGACCCAUAGCGGAUACAGCGGUAGCUGGGUCUCGCUCUGGCUGUGACUGAGUACGAGUACGAGAGAGUGGGCGCGGCUCACCGAGGACGCGCUCGUGAAUAAUAAUGAGCAAGGUCGGCGCAACGUAACACUGACCUGCUUUUUCAAUUGGCCUGGUUUACUCGUUCCUUUAUUUGAAACCUUUACAGAAUGCAAACGACGUAACGGUUUGUUUUCACAUGUACAACAUAAGACGAACAUAAUAUGGACCUUAUCUGACACAAAAAACCCCAAAAAUUACAUUUUUAUGGCAGGUCCCCUUUAACAAUGUCAACGAUGCAAAUGUGUUAUUGGGCCGUAAUGUAAACACGCUUGGUUUAUAAUGUGUUUGCUGUUUCGAGUUUGUUGUGUUUACCAGCGAGUGAAAGGGAUACCGAACGUACCGUCAUGAUUACAAUGCUCAAAUACAAAAAGGAUAUAUAGGGGACCCAACGGGGCAAAGCUUUGCUUUUGUCUUGAAAUCAAUUUAUCAAACAUGUUGAUGUGAAUGGGUCAUUUGUAUGAAGUAAUUUACACGCACAUAAUAAACACAAUACAAUGGAGGAGUAAUACAAACAUCACACAGACACACACAAUAUUACAGUGGCAGAGCAGUCGGCUGUUACGGCCAGCAGUCCACGACUGGUUGGCAAGAUGACUCUGGCGAGUCGACCGCGGCUGGAUGGUGAGAUGUCCCACAGCCGGUUGGUAAGGGAUGUGUGGGAUUUUUUGUGAGUUGACCGGUUACUCUUUUAGUUACCACUUUUAUAAGAUUUACAUCCAAGAAGGGACUAUGGCUUGUUUACAUUGGGGUCCUUUAUACACAGUUCAUUGAGACAUUGCUAUCAUUUAUACUCAAUUCAUUGUAUGAAUGCUACUCUGCUUCUACUUCAUAGAGGGGAAAGCCGAGAAAUUGUGGAAGAACCUCAAGGACACCUACAGGCGGGAGAAGAAGAACAAGCAGGAGGAGGAGAGAACUGGUGCAGAGAAAAAAAACAAAAAGAAGUGGGUCCAUUGGGACGCCAUGCACGCCCUGAUGGUGGUUUCCUCAGAAUUCCGGAGGUACUGUAGUUUUCAAUGUGUGGGUCGGGACCCCCGGGGGGGGGGGGGGGGGGUAAUAAUUGAUCAUAUUGUAAUAAAAUUGGCUCAAUGUUAUAACCAGCUCAUAACUGGGCUCCUAUGCAUUUGAAGGUCUUCAAACGGAUCCCUGGCUAAUAAGACAAAUAUGCCUAGAUACUUUAUAAUUGCCCUCUGUACUAAAACAUAAUAAUGUAUAACAGAAACAGCUUUAAAUAUUUUAUUUGUUUUAUAAAAAGAUAAUCUUUCACUUAUUAGGGACCACUCGUUACAAUUUGAUAAUGUCAUAUGUCCAUGUGUGGUCUAUCCCUAUUGGGGUGCAUUAAAAACACUUUUGUAAUCUGCUGAUGUGUUUUUUAGUGUUCCAAUUUAUGAUGCUACAACAUGUUGCAAAAUAUAUUUUGCAACAUGUUGUGAUUUAGAGGUGGAACAGUCAUCAGCUAUUAUGGUUAAAGGGGCUAACCAACAUGCAUAUGCAUGAUUUUGCCUUCAUUUAGUAUUUUGUUUUUUUUUCACAUCUCUUUGUAUCAAAUAAAGGGCGACUUGUUUUUUUUUUACAAGGUUUCAGGUCAAGGCAGGACUUCUCCCCCAAAUCUUUCACAUCAUUUUAUUAUAGCGUCACCAGGAGUCUGAUUUUUGCAAAACACAUUUUGAUAAUACUCCUACAAUUUCUUUCAAUAAAUCACACAAAUUGGUGCACUGUAUCUGUAUAGUCAUGUGAUCAAGAUAGAUUGGUCAGUUUUCAUAUUUUAUCCUGCUUAGCCAAGAUUGGCCACGUUUUGUAAAAAAUAUGCCUCAGAUUGUGAACCCAGCGCCCAGUUUAUGUGAAACUUUGUACACACAUCCCCACUAAGCCAAAGAACAAAUAGCAUCCUACAUAUUUCCCCCUAGCAAUCAGCCUCGUGGUGACGCUAUAACAGGCUAAUGCUAUACAGGGUCCCCACAGCUCUAACUACUUGUUCUUGAAUAGGACGGUGAGUAACCUGGAGGUCGAGGAGGAGGGUGAGGAGACAGAGGAGGCAGCUGGGCCAUCAGGCCUUGCUGGGUCCUUAGACCCUUCUGUCCAUAAUAUGGAUCCAGAAACAGCGCAGGAGAGUGUUGCUGUAGCCCCCAGGUAGACCCGCACCUGGCACUGCAACUAUCCAUUAUCUUCUUAGAAAUUAUUCUAUCAAUAGGCCAUAUGCAGACAUGCCAUUUCAAUGGGAAGGAUUAGUUAGAAAAUGCCCACACCCAGCCCAUGGGGUGGCAGACUGUAUGGGAAAAUUAUGUUAUAGGCUAUUUUAUUAUUUAAGCCUAUUAUUCAUAUUGUUAUUUGACCAAUGUAGUAGAAUCAUUAAAACACCAUAAUGAUUUUAAAAUUGUAUCAUGAUCUGACAGUCAGUGUAGUUUUUGCUGUGUGCACUGUCAUAGAUCAGCCUGUUCGUCAUAUGAUGGUGUCACGCAUUGAAAAUAUCAGAGCUGCUAGCUUACAACAUGUUUCAAUACACCGUGCUGGCACACACAGCAGACAUCCUAUACAUACAAGCCUCACAGAUCCAACUGUUGUCCAGAUCAGCGCUGUGGCACGCAGUGAACACAGACUCUAGGGUUUAUUAUUGAUAAUCAAUCACAAAAUCAAUCAAAAUCAUUAUAAUGUCAUAAUGAUUGUACUACUUUAGCCAAAUAAUAAUAUUUACAAUAGGCUUAAAUGAUAAAAUAGACUACUAACAUAAUUUUCCCAUGCGGCCUGCCACCCGGUGAUCUUUAUAAUUAUCAGCCAAUUAAACAUUAGACGGCGCUUGAUGGCACCGUAAGCAAGGGAUAGCUUCUGGUUCAAGUCAAAAUGGCAUAUCUGCAUAGAGCCUAUAUUAUGUAGUUGCUUUGUCAGUCUAUUACUAUCGAUUUAAACAGAUUAGUUUACCUGUUGCACCCCACUCACAGACGACGUGGCAAGGCAAAAAUGAAGGCUGUUGAGGAGACCUAUCUGCAGGAGUACCUGCUCAGAAAGGAGGCCAGGGCUGAGCAGAGAGAGAGAGAGAGAGAAAAAGAAAAGGAUGAGGUGACCCUCUUCCUGCUCAGCCUGGCACCGGCCAUGAGGAGACUCCCCCCCGAGAGGCAGUCCUGGCUGAAAUUUAAGAUGCAGGGCCUGGUCCAUGAGGCUGAGUUUGGACCAGCUUACAGUCAGCCACAGCCAUGAUACAGCCAGCACCAGCAGCAGCAACACACAUAUCCUGAAUUUACCUCCCUCUAAUUUAGAGAGUUUCAGGGCACGGUCACCAAAUUAUGAUUUCCAGCUGAUAAGCUAAAUCUGCCA